AUGGCGGAGCUCCUCGGCGAGGAGGAGCUGCGACAGUACGAGGAGGACGGCUGCCUUUUCCCAGUGUCGGGCCUCUUCUCCACAAGCCGGCUCGCCGAGGUCGAUGCACUCUUGUCGACGCUGGUGGAGCAGCGGCCCCAAAUUGAUCGCGGCGAUGCCUGCAACCUGGCGCCCGAGGAUUUGCUGAACCUGCACCUGACUUGCCGGGAGGUUUGGGACCUAUGCCGGGAGCCUUCCUGCCUGCGCGCAGCCUCUCAGCUCCUGGGCACCACCGACCUCAGUGUUUUCACCUCGCGCGUUCUUUGCAAGGAGCCGCGCACCGGCAAGGAGAUCGUCUGGCACCAAGACUCAAACUACUGGCCGCUGACGAGGCCCGGCAAUGACAAGCCUCGCUCGGAGCUCGGCCCAGAAGAUGUGGAUCCCCUGGUGAGCUCCUUGUGGCUGGCGGUGGACGACGUCACGGCGGAGAACGGGCCCAUGGAGGUCUUGCCCUUCUCGGCCCAGCCGGAAAGCCGCGGCCAGAAUGUGCCCGCCUCCUUCAUCCUCGAUGCGGGAGGUAGCACGGCCGGGUUCGACAACUUCAACCUUUCCCUGGACUCGACGCGCCUCAACACCGCGAAGCGGCGCAAGGUGGAGAUCUGCCGUGGUGAGGCAGAGUUCCACUCCGCCUUCACCAUCCACCGAUCCGAGGCGAACCGAAGCACGAAGAGGCGCCUCGCGUGGAUCGUGCGCUACUGCCCCACAGGGACCCGUGUGGUCGGAGGGGUUCGGGGUUCCUUCGACGAGGGCUACCCCCUGGUUCCCGUAAUGGGAAAAGGCGCGGAAGAGCGCCAUGGUGAGCUUCACUCUAUCCUGGGCGGCGGGAGCGAGCUUGCAAAGAUCAAGCACGAGGUCUAUGCUCCAUGCUUUGGCAACGCGGUGCAAGCGCUGAAGAAGUGA